CUCGCCUUCCCUCCUCCUCCCUCCUCUGCUGCUGCUGCUCCAACCAACACCCACCUCCCCCUCCCUAUAUUAACCUCGCCGUCGCUGCUGAUUCACCCUCCUCUCAUUCUCAUUCGAUUACACACAAACAAAGAUUAGAGAGAGAUCAAAUUGAUCUACUGCCACGAUCUCGAUCAAACAAGUUCUUUUAGCAAGACCGGACCGACCGAUGAAGUUCGGCAAGCGGCUCAAGAAGCAGAUCGAGGAGAGCCUGCCGGAGUGGCGGAGCCACUUCCUCAACUACAAGGAGCUCAAGCGCCGCGUCAACGCCGUCUCCUCCUCCUCCCCGGCGGCGGCGGCGGCAUCGGCUUCUCCAUCGCCAUCGUCGUCCCGGGCCGCGGAGGCCGACUUCCUGACGCUCCUGGACGCCGAGAUCGACAAGUUCAACGCCUUCUUCCUGGAGCGGGAGGAGGAGUUCGUCAUCCGGCAGAGGGAGCUCCAGGAGCGCAUCCGCCGGGCCUCGGCCUCCGACGCCACCAUGGCGCGCGGCAUCCAGCGCGAGGUGGUGGACUUCCACGGCGAGAUGGUGCUGCUGCUCAACUACAGCAGCGUCAACUACACGGGGCUCGCCAAGAUCCUCAAGAAGUUCGACAAGCGCACGGGCGGCGUGCUCGGGCUCCGCCUCCCCGUCAUCGCCGGCGUCCUGCGCCAGCCCUUCUUCACCAACACCGACCUCGUCUCCGAGCUCGUCAGGGACUGCGAGGCCAUGAUGGAGGCCGUCUUCCCGUUCCCGCCCGCCGCCGUCUCCGCCGCCAGCAGGGACCUCCUCCACGAGCGGCGCCACGCGGUCGCCGUCGCCGAGCAGAGCAUCUUCCGCAACACCGUCGCCGCGCUGCUCACCAUGCAGGAGGUCCGCAGCGGGAGCUCCACCGUCGGGCACUUCUCGCUGCCGCCCAUGCAGCCGCUGCCGGAGUCAGACUGGCUCGUCGAGUCCGUCAGGAACACGCCGACGGCGUCGCCCCUCAUCCCCACGCAGUGACUGCCUGCCGGGCUCCUCUCACUUGUUGCUUUCCAGCUUGCUGUGCUCAUCCUGAGUACCUGUCGGUCGGUCCUCGCCAUGGCCAUCACCAUGGUCCAUGCCACUGCAGAACUACACUGUGCAAAGUGUAUGCAAGAACGCACCACACUAAUAAUUACUACUCUGGUGUAAAUUAAAUUAACUGCAGGCUACCGUUUUGAAUUUUGAUUCCUUUUCCUUUUCUGUCACGAUCGAAAUUCAUGCCGCAGUGGUACUGCAAUGCGGCUGAUGUGUAAUUAUCAGUCUGUAGUUUUUUUUUAUUUUUUUAUUUUGAUGAGGUGUCCUUUCUGGUCUUA